AUGAAGGUUGAAGUGCAAAGCAAGAAAUUGAUCAAGCCAUCAUCUCUGACGCCGAACCACCGUCGAAAGCUAAACAUUUCAUGCAUAGAUGAGCUUCAGCAUCCAGGUUAUGCUGGUUUCCUUUUCUACUACCGGGCCGAUGGCGAAAACCAUGAAGACGAUACUUUCCAAAGGCUUUGCCUUUUGGAGGAGUCGCUUUCAGAAACCCUGGUGAUUUUUUACCCUCUAGCCGGUCGGUAUGUCGAGGAAGGGCUCUUUAUCGAUUGUAACGACCAAGGAGUAGAAUUUGUGUACGCCAGAGUGAAUGGCCAGCUUGAUCAUCUCCUCCAGGGAGACUUCGACGCGGACCUGGUCGGCAGUUUGUCCGAGUUCCCGCUGGGACUAGCCAGCAAUCCCCUAGUCAUAAUUCAAGUGAACGUAUUCGAGUGCGGAGGACUUGUGAUCAGCCUACGCUCUUGUCACAAGUUAGGCGAUAUGUGCACCAUGGCGACAUUCAUGAAUUCAUGGGCUACCGUGUGCCGGAGUGGAAUAAAUGAACUAGCCUCGCCGUAUUUCGAGCUGUCAUCUCUAUUCCCAGUGAAGGGGUCGGUAGUCACUCGUUGGCCUCCACUCUGUGGUGGAGUAAAAUUUACGAUGAAUAGGUUCGUAUUCAGCGGUGCGGCCCUAUCGAGACUAAAACUAGCUGCGGCUAAAAAUGCGCGGAUAUCGAGAGUGGAGGUCGUGUGCGCACUUUUAUGUAAGGUGUUCGUAACCUUGGAUCAAGCAAAACACGGCCGCUUAAGGCCCUUUGUGGUUUGCCAGUCGAUGAACUUGCGUGGGAGAGUCAAUCUACCGAUACCAACAAAUGCGUUUGGUAACUUCUACACCAUGGUCGUUGGCCGACACACAAUGGAUCAGAAUGACCUGAAUUUCGAGGCGUUUGUGGAGGUGAUCCAUGACACCUUUGCGAGUGCCAAGACAAGGUACGCGGCGAUAGCGGACGGAGAAUCAUGCAUGAACAUGGUUAAGGAUUCUACAAGAGAAUCCAAGGAAUGGGCUCACAGUGAUGAAGAGAAUGUGGUGGCCAUUUCAAGCUGGUGUGGAUUUCCAUUCUAUGACAUCAAUUUUGGGUGGGGAAAGCCGGACUUGGUGAGCAACACCUGCAUUCCUGUCCGAAUGGUUUUUCUCAUUGAUAGUAAGUCUGACGGUGGAAUCGAUGCGUGGAUCAUACUAAGCCCAGAGGAGAAGGUUCUUUUUGAGCAAGACCCCGACAUUGUGGCUUUCACUUCCUAA